AUGAUGGCAGCACCAGAUCAGCCACAAGCCUCUGGCAUGGAGUGUUGGUUUGGAAAGAAACAUUACGGCCGCGCUAUGAACGAAGUCCUGGCAGCAGAUCCAGGGUACUGCCGGUGGAUGGUCCAGAAGGCUGAGGAGGCAGAUCCACCACCAGAGCUUCGAGAAGAUGUGGCCUGGCUUCUGCAACACGCCCCCCAUCUCAAGGAACCUCGCGAGUUCGUGGAAGGUGGCAAGCAUCGUGGGCGCUUGCUUUCCGAGCUUGUGAAAGAAGAUCCAGCAUACUGCCGCUGGAUUCUCCAACAUGCUGAGGAGGAAACCGCCUUGCCCGUCAUUCGGGAGAAAGCCAGAUGGCUGAAGCAGAAUGCACCUUACCUCAAGGAGCAGCCAGAAGUGCCAGUGCUCGAAGGAGGAAGGCACAACGGACGACUCCUUUCCGAAGUGGUGGUGGCGGAUCCGAGCUACUGCCGGUGGCUGAUAGGCGAGGCUGAGGUCGGCCGCACCUCAAGAUGUCUGCGGAAAGCAGCGGGCUGGCUCUCGAAGCAUGCUCCACACCUCAAGGCCGAGGAUGGAGCAUGGGUUGGUGGCAACUACCGCGGACGGCACAUAUCAGAGCUGGUGACUGAAGACCCGGCGUAUUGCCAGUGGGUUCUUCGAGUAGCAAAGGAGGAAGACGCGAGUUCUGCGAUCAGAGACCAAGAGAUCCCUGUCGUCAACGUCCGGGGCAGGCACAGAGGAAUUCCUCUUCCGCAGGUCGUAGCAGAGGACCCGCAUUGGUGCCUUUUUGUACUCAACCAGAACGAGCCGGCGCAGUGGCAGUUGCGAGGAUUCGCGGACGCUGCUGAUUGGCUUCGAGGCAAUGCUAAUGAAUUGGUGGACGUGAACAGGGACGAUGAGGCCGCCCUUGCUGAAAUAGGACAAGCGUGUUUACAGCGCUACGGCGGGAUGUUUACAGUCCGCAAUGGCAAAUUCCGGAUGAGAAGCUUCCAGACAGUCACGGAGGAGGCCCCUGGAUAUGUGGAGUGGAUCCAGCAGCGCAUCAAGAACGCUUCAGCCAUGGAAGGCGCGCAGUUGGGCACAAAGAACUUUCAACUCCUUGCAGCUUACUACCGUCAGCGCCAGAUGCCUCGCUCAGGAGGUGAUGCAGGGAAGAAGGAAUGCAAGACUUUGUGA